AAUUCAAGUCCAUAGAACGAACAUCUUUCAAUUCCACGACCGUUCACCAUUUGCUUGUGUGAAUUGCCUCUGGUCCUUCUCCUCUUAUUUUCCUGCUCUUUUCUCAAAGCCCGCCUUGAGCGGAGGCCUCUUUCACAAUGAGGUGGUUACUUGCGGUUCUUCUUGGCUUCUGGGGAGCUUGCGCGAGUGCUCUGAGCAGUUCAGGCUCCCGCUUGCUGGUGGUGCUGGAAGAAGACAAGGGUCUAUACUCGAAUUUCUGGGCAGAUCUAGAAGCCCGGGGAUACGACAUUACAUUCGAAUCGCCCAAAAACGAUAAGUUGUCGCUGUUUUCUCUGGGCGAGAGAGCUUUUGACCAUCUAUUGAUUCUUCCACCAAAGUCGAAGGGACUUGGCCCAGCGUUGACGCCGAAGCUGUUGCUCGACUUCGUUAACAGUGAAGGCAACAUUCUUCUCGCACUUUCCGGCAAAUCCUCUACCGCAAGUUCUAUCAGCUCUCUUCUUCUUGAACUGGACAUUCAUAUCUCGCCCGAUCGUUCGUCAGUAGUCGUCGACCACUUCAACUACGACAUACUCUCCGCGGCCGAAAAGCACGAUGUACUCCUUCUACCCCGCCCUAGUCCUGUGAGGGCAGAGCUGAAACCCUACUUCUCGGGUGAAGGUGUGCUGGCAUUCCCCCGACCGGCUGGACAGUCGUUGGGUGCUGCUAGUCCCCUCCUUGCCCCGAUCGUGCGAGCUCCUGAGACCGCCUAUAGCUACAAUGCCAAGGAAGAUGCUGGUACAGUUGAAGAAAGCUUUGCGACAGGCUCGCAAUUGGCGCUUGUCUCGACACUGCAGGCAAGGAACUCGGCUCGCUUCACCGUCCUUGGAUCCGUAGAGGCUUUGGAAGAUAAAUGGUUCUCUGCAUCUGUCCAGGGACCGAAGGAUAAGAAGCCAAGUAAGACAGAGAACAGGGAGUUUGCUAAAUCUAUUACCGCCUGGACCUUCCAGGAGAUCGGUGUCCUCAAAGUGGGAAAGGUCGAACAUUAUCUCAGUGACAAGGAGGGUAAUAUCGAGGGCGAAGUCAACCCUAUCAUCUAUCGCAUCAAGAAUGACAUUACGUUUAAUAUCGAGAUCUCUGAAUACGACUUUGAAAAAUGGGUGCCUUACGAGACUCCUUCCGAGGACGAGCUUCAGCUCGAGUUCACUAUGCUUUCCCCAUGGCACCGAUUGAAUCUGCAACCCAAGACUCGCACCGAAAACAGCACAAUCUACAGUACCACAUUCACAUCACCAGACCAACACGGGAUUUUCUCAUUCCGUGUCAACUACAACCGGCCAUUUUUGACCAAUAUUGAAGAGAAACAUGAAGUCACAGUCCGCCACUUUGCACACGACGAAUAUCCUCGCAGCUGGAAAAUCACCGGUGGAUGGGUAUGGAUUGCCGGGCUUUGGUCUGUCAUCGGCGGUUUCCUCGCCUUUGUUUUUGUCUGGCUCUACUCUGCUCCUUCGGCGGCCGCGGAGGUAAAGAUUAAAAAGGUUCAAUAGAGAAGCAUUGGGUUGUAAGGGUGGAUUGCUAUUACUGGUACGGGCUUUUAUGAAAGGCAAUGUAUUCGAAUUCGAGUUUCCCAGUGUUUACAUUUUAUCUUUUUACCGUUCCUGAUAUCUACACGGCAAUGGAUGUAUAUUAUGUUGUAUGUAGGAACAUCCUAUUAUUUUUUUCUAGAUUCGAACAGAGCGAUGAUGCUUUGAGUAUCAAUUGAUGAAAAUAAGUGCAUUUAUUC